AAGAAUAACAGGAGUAAAGAAACGCUACAGUAAGAAUUCUGCUUUCUCCUUUUUAGUCAACAGAAUGAGUUUUCACUUUCUCAGCCACCAAACAGAAAAAAAAAGAAAAAAAAAAGAAGCAAUUAAUCAAUAUAAUAACUACCAGCAAUUAGCAAAAUAAAACUAAAACAACUGUCAAAUUAAAUUUGAGGGCGUAUAACAGCAUAGAAAAGAAUUAUCCUACCCCACUCCUUUUCUUCUCUUCUUGCCAUUUCUUUAUUCUCUCUACUCUCUCUUCUUGAGCUCCAUAAAAUGAAAAGAAAAACACCGCUCCACUCUUAGAGAAAAAGAAAAAGAAAAGGAAGCUGGGAGCUCUGGUUUAUCGCUCUCUUUUGCCUACAGAAAGAAACUUCAAUAAUCAGAUCAAACAAUAUAUAUUGUUUUCCCAAACUCUCCCUCUCUCCAAACAGAUACUUGAUUUUAUUUUCCAGCUCCAAAAUCACCGGACUUCGGUAUUUUUUUUCCUCCUAUUUUUUAUAAGUUCUGUUUAAGUAUUCACUUCAUUAUUGCUACUAUUAACUUCAAAUUGAAGUUACUCUGAAGUGACAAGUUUCAUGAGUUUUGAAGCCGAGUGAGUGAUCUUGAUGGUCGAGCAGAGCUGGCUGAGAGUAUGGAUUUCUGCUGUUCUUAGGGUUUUGAAUUGAAUUGGAUGGAAGGGUUUGGUUUUUUCGAGAAUGGUUAAUCUGAAAGAGUAGAUUCUUUCUUUCUUUCUUUUUUAAUUUUAUUUUUGGAUUAUUUUUACUGUUGGGGAUUUAAUGUUAAGGAGUGAUAGAAUGGCUUCGGAUCUUAGCAGAACUGGACCUGUUGAAAGAGACAUCGAGCAGAUUUUCUCGCGGGAUUAAAUGAAAUGCUGAUUCUAUGUGGUUGUUAUGGGAGCAGGCCAUCACAGCUUUAAAGAAAGGGGCUUGCCUGCUCAAGUAUGGAAGAAGGGGAAAGCCAAAGUUCUGUCCAUUUCGUCUCUCCAAUGAUGAAUCUGUUUUAAUAUGGUUCUCUGGGAAAGAGGAGAAACAUCUCAGACUAAGCCAUGUAUCUAGAAUCAUAUCUGGGCAGCGCACACCAAUCUUUCAAAGGUAUCCACGCCCUGAGAAGGAGUAUCAGUCAUUUUCUCUUAUAUAUAAUCCACGCCCUGAGAAGGAGUAUCAGUCAUUUUCUCUUAUAUAUAAUGAUAGGUCACUGGAUUUGAUUUGCAAGGAUAAAGAUGAAGCUGAGGUAUGGUUUAGUGGUUUAAAAGCAUUAAUUUCACGAAGUCAUCACCGAAAAUCGAGAACGGAAUCAAGGAGCGAUGGAAUUCUGUCUGAGGUUAACAGCCCUAGGACUUAUACUCGCAGAAGCUCUCCCUUAAGUUCUCCAUUUGGUAGCAUUGACAGUUUGCAGAAGGACGCAGACCACCUUCGCAUUCAGAGUCCAUAUGAAAGCCCCCCCAAGAAUGGUUUGGAUAAAACAUUUUCAGAUGUGGUAUUAUAUGCUGUUCCUCCAAAAGGUUUUUUCCCCUCAGACUCUGCUAGUGGUUCUGUACAUUCUUUAUCAUCUGGAGGCUCGGACAGUGUACAUGGUCAUAUGAAGGCAGUGACAAUGGAUGCUUUUAGAGUUAGCCUAUCAAGUGCUGUUAGCUCAUCAAGCCAAGGUUCUGGUCAUGAUGAUGGUGAGGCGAUGGGGGAUGUUUUCAUUUGGGGUGAAGGGACGGGGGAUGGUGUACUAGGUGGUGGAACACAUAGAGUUGGAAGUUUUUUUGGUGUAAAAACGGAUUCUUUGUUGCCUAAAGCCCUGGAAUCUGCAGUAGUACUUGAUGUCCAGAACAUUGCCUGUGGUGGACAACAUGCAGCCUUAGUGACCAAGCAAGGAGAGAUUUUCUCAUGGGGUGAGGAAUCUGGCGGCAGGCUUGGGCACGGUGUGGACUCUGAUGUUUUGCAUCCCCAGCUUAUUGAGGCCCUCAGUAAUACAAAUAUUGAAUUCGUAGCAUGUGGGGAGUACCAUACAUGUGCUGUAACACUUUCUGGUGAUCUGUACACAUGGGGUGAUGGAACAUAUAAUUUUGGUCUUCUUGGACAUGGAAAUGAAGUAAGUCACUGGGUCCCAAAAAGAGUGAAUGGGCCCUUGGAAGGCAUACAUGUGUCAUCCAUCUCUUGUGGACCCUGGCAUACAGCAGUUGUGAGCUCUGCUGGGCAACUGUUUACUUUUGGUGAUGGCACAUUUGGUGUUCUGGGUCAUGGAGAUCGAAAAAGCAUUUCAUUACCAAGGGAAGUGGAAUCUCUUAAGGGGCUCCGCACUGUCCAGGCUGCCUGUGGUGUUUGGCAUACUGCUGCAGUUGUAGAAGUCAUGGUUGGAAAUUCAAGUUCCAGCAAUUGCUCUUCAGGGAAACUGUUUACCUGGGGUGAUGGAGAUAAAGGUCGACUUGGGCAUGGUGACAAGGAAGCAAAGUUGGUUCCUACAUGUGUUGCUGCUCUUGAUGAACCCAAUUUUUGCCAAGUUGCAUGUGGACAUAGUCUGACAAUUGCACGUACAACAUCUGGUCAUGUGUACACAAUGGGCAGUCCUGUUUAUGGUCAGUUGGGCAACCCACAGUCUGAUGGAAAGCUCCCAGCUCGUGUUGAAGGAAAACUCUCCAGGAGUUCUGUUGAGGAGAUUGCUUGUGGUGCUUAUCAUGUUGCAGUUUUAACUUCAAAAACUGAAGUUUACACCUGGGGCAAGGGAACAAAUGGAAGACUCGGUCAUGGGGAUACAGAUGAUAAAAAUUUGCCAUCUUUAGUGGAAGCCCUAAAAGACAAACAAGUAAAGAGUAUUGCUUGUGGUACUAAUUUCACUGCAGCUAUCUGCCUUCACAAAUGGGUUUCUGGUGUUGAUCAGUCUAUGUGUUCUGGCUGCCGCCUACCACUUAAUUUCAAAAGGAAGCGGCAUAAUUGUUAUAAUUGUGGACUAGUUUAUUGUCAUUCAUGCAGCAGCAAGAAGUCUCUCAAGGCUUCAAUGGCACCAAAUCCAAACAAAGCUUAUCGUGUCUGUGAUAAUUGCUAUAACAAACUAAGAAAAGCAAUGGAGACUGAUGCUUCUUCUCAGUCUUCUAUGAGUAGGAGAGGCAGUGUCAAUCAAGGGCCAAGCGAGUUUAUUGAUAAAGAUGAGAAGUUGGACACCAGAUCUCAUGCACAACUUGCUAGAUUUUCAUCAAUGGAAUCCUUGAAGCAAGCAGAAAGCCGGUCUAAGAGAAACAAAAAACUUGAAUUCAAUAGUAGCAGGGUUUCACCUGUUCCAAAUGGAGGCUCCCAGUGGGGAGCGUUUAACAUUUCUAAAUCUUUCAACCCAAUGUUUGCUUCAUCCAAGAAGUUUUUUUCUGCUUCUGUUCCUGGAUCAAGAAUUAUUUCUCGAGCAACAUCACCAAUAUCAAGACGACCUAGCCCCCCUCGAUCAACAACGCCAACCCCAACCCUGGGUGGACUUACCUCACCAAAAAUUGUCGUGGAUGAUGCUAAGAGAACAAACGAGAGCCUUAGCCAAGAGGUUCUUACAUUAAGAGCACAGGUGGAAAAUCUUACUCACAAAACCCAGCUUCAAGAAGCUGAGCUGGAAAGAAUAAUCAAACGGCUGAAGGAAGCAAGAGCCAUUGCUGGAGAAGAGACUGCUAAAUGCAAAGCAGCAAAAGAAGUGAUCAAGUCACUUACUGCUCAAUUAAAAGACAUGGCUGAAAGGCUACCUGUGGGAGCAGCCCGGAGCAUCAAAUCACCUUUGUUUGCUUCGUUUGGCUCCAGUCCUACUUCCAACGAUGUUUCUACUAUUGACUGUUUGAAUGGUCAAAGCACAUGCCAAGAACCAGACACAAAUGGAUUGCAUAGCCAGUUGCUUUCUAAUGUUUCAAGCACCACCAGUAACCGAGGUGCAGGUCUCAACAAUCAAGGCCACUUGGAAGCAACAAUUAAAAAUGGAAGCAGAAACAAAGAUGGUGAAUUGCAUCAUGAAGCUGAAUGUGUUGAGCAAGAUGAGCCCGGUGUAUAUAUAACACUAACCUCCCUACCUGGAGGCAUCAAGGAUCUUAAGCGAGUGCGCUUCAGUCGAAAGCGGUUCAGUGAGAAACAAGCAGAACAAUGGUGGGCAGAAAAUAGGGCAAGAGUAUAUGAACAGUACAAUGUCCGUAUGAUUGACAAGUCAAGUGUUGGUGUUGGGAGUGAGGAUUUGGCUCAUUAGCAUGCAGAAACAAUCUCUGUAGAUGGAACCUAGAUUGUUUUUCAGUUUUGAGCUCUACUUUAAGGAUGGGCAUCUCCACACUAAUUAGUUUUGCUUCCAACCUUCCAUCCUUCCAUUGAGUUUAGAAAAGCAAGUAGCGAGGAUUGGUGUCAGAGAGAGAGAGCUCUAGAAAAGUUUGAUUGUCCUUUUUUUUUUUUUUUUUUUGUCUCUUCAUAAUCUUUUUUCACCUUGUAUUGAUUUUUUUUCGUGGUUUCUAAUUUUUUCCCUAUGUGUACGUUGUGUGGGGAGUUGAGGGUGAGAAAUGUAAAUUCCUAGUAGGUUGCUGCUCAUGUUCAAGAAAAUAUCAGAUGCCAUGUAAAUUCACAAGAGAACGUGCUCUACAGAAAUUCUCUUUUAUCCGGUUCAUAAAUUCAGCUCAGGUUUGUUGAAAGCAGAUGCCAUGCCAUGUACAUUCAUAAUCGAAUGCCACUUCAGUUGUCUUA